AUGCGAUUCGCUACCGUCUUUUCUCUCUUGGCCGCCGUCGCCUCUGUCACUGCCGCCCCCGCCAACACAGGCUCCGACUCUAGCGUUGCCGCCCCCUCGGGCGGUUCUCCCCCACCUGGCCGCGACAACUCUACCGCGUCUGCCGAUGGCCCCUUCUACGGUAACGCCUCUGUCGCUCCCGACAACUCCUCUGCCCCAUCCGGCAACUUUUCCGGCAAUGGCACGAGCCAGUCCUUGGUUGAAGUCAACGGUACCCAGGUCAACUCUUCUGCCCCCUCUGCGGGUCAGUCAUUGAUCGAGGUCAACGGUACCGAGGUCAACUCUACAGGGCCCCCUGCCGGCGCUUCCAACGCAACUAGCCAGACCUUGCCUGUGGCCAACGCCACCUCUGCUUCCAAUGGCUCCGAGGCUUUCCCUAGUGUCACUGGGACGCUUCCUUCUGGGGUGCCCUCAGACUUCCCUUCGGGCUACAACCUCACCGGCACUGACGCUUUUGCCGGACAGGCCAGCGAAACUGCGGCUUCCGCCUAA